AUGGACUCGUUAUCGAAGAAGAUUCAAAACUUAGGCAUGCAUGACAUAAGAAAUGCCGCCAGGUUUGCUCAGAACGUGAUUGUUCAAUACGAACCUUAUCAGAUAGACAUCCGUCGCGCUACAAACACCGAUGCUUGGGGCCCCACUCCGAAGCAUCUGGCCAAAGUAUUAAGAAACAGAUACCAAGUGCCACUAUACUUGAUGACCGAAUACACUUUGAAAAGAUUGGUCGAUCACAUUGCCACCAGGCCAAAAAAUUUUUACGAAAAGGCAAGAAAAGAUUACGUUAAUUACGGGUCCGAAUGGAGAGUGGUCUUAAAAUGUCUAGCAGUGAUUGAAUUCUUGUUACUGAACGUCGAUACAGGCGAUGAACUAAACCAGAUCAGAUCAUGUUUGCUCACCCAUAAGCAUAUUUUAACCAGAGAGAUUGCCCAAUUCAAAGUAAAGUUCUCCAAUGAUGGCAAAAUGGAAAUUCACGAGAGAGGUAUUAGGAAAAAGGGUGAACUGAUUCUACAGUACUUGGAAGACGCUCAGUUUUUGAAAAAGGAAAGAGCCAAAAAUAAGAAAAACGCUUUGAAGAUCCGACAGCAAGGCGAAUCCUCCAUUUAUAACGCCAACCAAAUCUCAUCAUCUGCUAGCUACGACAACGUGGAUGAUGAUGAAUUUGAUACAGAUGCGGAUGGGGUUGAUGAUGAAAUGGAUGCCAACAACGUGACCAACUUCAAUGUGCCCGUAGAUACAGAAGCAAUUCCCAAUACUCGUAGGCGUUCUCGUAUGGAAGAACAAAGAAAACAAAGAAGAGAAAUCUUAAGAGAGCAGAUCAAAAAUAAAGAACAACAAAGAAAAAGAAAACAACAGCAAGAUAGUAUCCCUGACCUAAUCGAUUUUGACGACAAUACUCACACCAUCACGAACGACAUAACCAUAAAUGAUGGUAGUAAUGACAAUAACAAAAACAAUGAUGAUAAAAAUAACGAUGAUGAUGAUGAUGAUGAUGAUGACGAGUUUGGAGAUUUUCAAAGCGAAGCGAGUCCGAACACAACGGCGCCAAAACCAUCUAAUAGCCAAAUAGAUGAUUUGCUUGACUGGGAUGGUCCAAAAUCAAGCGCGGAUACCACCGCUGCCACAGAAGCAUCGCUACCUUUUGCGGAGAAGAAGCAACAAAAGGCUCGUCCUCAAGCUACCAAAGACAAGUCAAAGGGGAACGAUGCCUUCUCUGACUUAUUCUCUUAUUCCAAGUCGUUGGUCUAG